GACGAACUUCAGCAGGCUUUGGAGCAGCUCCAAGAAACGAAGCAACAAGUUGAAUACGGAGAACUUCUUAGGUCUCGACUUGUGGAAGACUUUAAAAUAUUAACGAAACAGAAAUCUCAAGUCCAGGCUGAUCUGAUUGAAACCAGAAGUCAGCUGAGAGAGGAAAAGGAGGUUCGAGAGUCAUUACAGGUGCAACACACGGACCUCAUAAGUGACGUUUCAACCGCUAGGGGUCGCGAAUGUCUGCUCACUAAGACGAUCGAAGAGAACAAAAUUUCUCUGGCUCAGGAAAGAGAGAGAAACAGACGUUUGUUUGUGGAGGUAGGAACACUGUUUAACCUCAAGGGUAAAAUCUGAGAGUUCGUUGUAUCCAAUCUACAGAAUCAAUACAGACGUUGU